AUUGUUCAGUUUAAGGCUAUUCCUGCAGGUGCACUUGGUGUUGUCUAAAUGAAGCAAGCCCAAGGAAUAUUGGUCUACAAGGAUUUCCUCAGAUGCGUUUUCCCCUCCCCAAGUCUCUCUGAAGCCAACAUAAAACAAGACUGGGGUUAUGAAGUCAGUCCUAGAUGGCCUCGCGGACACCACUUUCCGAACGAUUACAACAGAUCUCCUUUACGCGGGCUCCAACGAUAUCCAGUACGAAGACAUGAAGGGUGACCUGGCAUCCAAGCUGGGGUACUACCCCCAGAAAUUCCCUUUCUCUUCCUUCAGGGGUGAUCCAUUCCAAGAAAAAAUGACUGCAGGAGAUGAUCCCCUGUUGAGCAUAAUUCCAUCUGAUCAGAUCAAUAUCACAGAGUUUUACAACAAGUCCUUCUCCACCUUUAAGGAUAACGAUGAGAAUAUACAGUGUGGGGAGAACUUCAUGGAUAUGGAGUGUUUUAUGAUCCUGAACCCCAGCCAGCAGCUGGCUAUCGCAGUUCUGUCCCUCACGCUGGGCACCUUCACUGUCCUGGAGAACCUCCUCGUCCUGUGCGUCAUCCUUCACUCCCGAAGCCUUCGGUGUCGACCCUCCUACCACUUCAUUGGCAGUCUGGCCGUGGCUGACCUCCUGGGCAGUGUGAUUUUUGUCUACAGUUUUGUUGAUUUCCAUGUUUUCCACCGGAAGGACAGCCCUAACGUCUUCUUGUUCAAACUGGGUGGAGUUACAGCCUCCUUCACCGCCUCUGUAGGUAGCCUUUUCCUCACGGCAAUAGACCGGUACAUAUCUAUACACAGGCCGCUGGCCUACAAAAGGAUUGUUACCCGACCAAAGGCCGUCGUCGCGUUCUGCGUCAUGUGGACCAUUGCUAUUGUAAUAGCUGUGCUUCCGCUGCUCGGCUGGAACUGCAAAAAGCUCAAUUCUGUUUGUUCGGACAUAUUCCCCCUCAUCGACGAGACAUACCUGAUGUUCUGGAUCGGGGUCACCAGCGUGCUCUUGCUGUUCAUAGUGUAUGCCUACAUGUACAUACUGUGGAAGGCUCACAGUCACGCUGUUCGAAUGAUUCAGCGUGGUACUCAGAAAAGCAUAAUCAUUCAGACUACGGAGGAUGGGAAAGUACAGAUCACUAGGCCUGAUCAAACUCGUAUGGACAUCAGAUUAGCCAAAACCUUGGUCCUUAUCCUAGUUGUACUAAUCAUAUGCUGGGGCCCUCUCCUCGCCAUAAUGGUGUACGAUGUCUUUGGGAAAAUGAACAAGCUCAUCAAGACUGUCUUUGCAUUCUGUAGCAUGCUCUGUUUGCUGAAUUCGACAGUGAAUCCCAUCAUCUACGCGCUGCGGAGCAAGGACUUGCGGCACGCGUUCCGCAGCAUGUUCCCCAGCUGCGAAGGAACCGCGCAGCCGCUCGACAACAGCAUGGAGUCCGACUGCCAGCACAAGCACGCCAACAACGCGGGCAACGUCCACAGGGCUGCCGAGAGCUGCAUUAAGAGCACAGUUAAGAUUGCCAAAGUCACCAUGUCUGUCUCCACAGACACAACUGCUGAAGCAUUGUAGGCCAGAGACUUCUCAGCAUUGUGCAGAAAGGAAAAAAAGUUUGAAAAAAAAAAA